UGUGUGUGUUUGUUUGUUGUGUUGUGUUGUUUUUUCAGUUGAGAGCGUUCUGUGCAUUCCUUCCCCAUUCUGAAAAGUGACAUUUUCUACAUGGCUUCAUAGCACCUUCGUAGCUGGUGUUGUCUCAGACUUGUUUUCCUGUCUCAACUUCAUCUUUCUUGUCUUAAUUUUUAUUUUUAGCCAGUCCCCAAACUCAUGAGGAAAUGUAUAUAGGAAUAACAACUAUCAUUUUCCUUCUUAGAAAAGAAGAAAAAGCAAUCCCAGCAACUACCAGGUUUAAAUCUGACCUCAUUCAGAAGUUAGCUUCAGGAGCAAAGUUGGAAGAGCUGCUAAAGCGUAGGGAAAAACCUGAAAAUAGAAGAUAAUACAACUGUGUUUGCCUUCAGGGAAUCUCAGGAUGUAUAAUGCAUAUAAUUAUCUUCAAAAUCUAUGAGUAUGCUGGCAAGCCUGAUUUCUUCAGGCAUACAAAAGGAUUGAAGUCAACAAGAUUAAAAAAAGCCUUGUGAUAAACUGUGUAUGGGAUAUGCAGCUUCACUGUCAUUCUGAUGAUUUAGGAAGUUGAGGACUGAUUAUUCAUGUGGUGAUCAACUGAAGAUAAUCAGGAGCAAGCUAUAUUGUAGAACGGUCAGACAAUAAUGAAUGCAAUAUUUAUAGGUGAAGGUGUUUGUUACGCAAUUGAUAUAGUUAAGAACGAAAAAAUAGAGCUUCUUGGCACUUUGGUCCUUUUACAAGGAUUCAUUUGGUCCUAAAAUAUCUGAAAUGUGAAGAAGCUGUGAAUUGGGAAUGAGGAAUACCUGCCUUGCUGCUCCACAUGACACACAAGCUGCUCCAUGCCUGUGUUGCUGUAUGCAGUGGUGCAUUGAUCCUGCAGUCUCCAUUUUUUCUCUCAGAAUAUAUGUGAGUUUUGAACGCAAGAUGGCUCAGAAGAGGAGCUCAAGUGGGCGGACAUUCCCAUUGCUGCUGCUGAUCAUUGUUGUGGCCUUUGUUCAUUUAACUGUCUGUCCUUUUACGAAAGUGGAGGAAAGCUUUAACCUACAAGCUAUCCAUGAUGUGGUGUACCACCAAUUGGACUUGGAUAAGUAUGACCAUCAUGAAUUUCCUGGAGUUGUCCCAAGAACGUUCCUUGGACCAAUUUUUAUUGCUGCUCUUUCCAGCCCAGCUAUAUAUGUGCUUUCUGUGCUUAAACUGUCCAAGUUUUACUCCCAGCUCAUAGUCCGAGGAAGCUUGGGGCUCAGUGUGAUUUACACACUAUGGAAGUUGCAAAAAGAAGUUAGAAAGCAGUUUGGAGCAACAACAUCAACAAUCUUCUGUCUCAUCACUGUCACUCAGUUUCAUUUGAUGUUUUACUGUACACGAACCCUCCCUAAUGUGUUUGCACUUCCUUUUGUGCUCCUGGCAUUGACAUUUUGGAUACAGCAAAAGCAAAGGCCAUUCAUUUGGUUCUCAGCUUUGGCAAUUAUAGUCUUCAGAUCAGAGCUCUGCAUAUUCUUGGGCCUCAUGCUUGUGGUGAUGUUAUUAACUAAAAGAAUCUCCAUUUUCAAGGUGCUUUCCCAUGCUGUUCCUGCUGGAAUUUUUUGGUUGGGGCUAACAGUUGCUGUGGAUUCUCUAUUUUGGAGGCAGCUUGUGUGGCCUGAGGGGAAAGUGCUCUGGUAUAACACAAUUUUAAACAAAAGUUCCAACUGGGGAACCUCCCCCUUCUUAUGGUAUUUCUAUUCAGCCCUGCCUCGUGCUUUGGGAUGCAGCAUUGUAUUUGUACCUCUAGGUGUAGCAGAAAAGAGAACUCGGAUAUUACUUUUACCAGCACUGGGAUUUAUUUUCUUAUAUUCGUUUCUCCCACAUAAAGAGCUGCGUUUUAUCAUAUAUACUUUCCCUGUCUUCAACAUAGUGGCUGCUAAAAUGUGCUCACGCAUUCUGAAUAACUACCGAAAAUCCUGGCUGUACAAACUUGGAUCUUUCUUUGUUAUAAUGCAUCUUCUAGUUAAUGCUGCUUAUUCAGGAACAUCUUUAUACGUUUCACAUUUCAAUUAUCCGGGAGGAGUGGCAAUUCAGAAGUUGCAUGAGUUGGUACCUUCAACAGCAGACGUCUCUGUUCAUAUUGAUGUGGCUGCAGCACAAACAGGAGUUUCUCGAUUUCUGGAAAUCAAUUCAGAUUGGAGGUAUGACAAAAGGGAAGAUAUUAAACCAGGAGACCAGUUGAUGUUUUCUUACACGCACAUACUGAUGGAAACAAACCCUCUUCAAAUAUCACAUUACAAGACAACCCACAGGCCACUGGCAAAUAUACCUGGCAUCAGUAAAAUUGGGUUGAACCUUACUGCGCUACCUCCUUUUACUUUAAACUUGAAACCAAAAUUAGUACUGUUGGAAAAACUUCCUGUAUCAUCUUGACUGUGAAUUUUAAGUAAGUCUUUUGAUGUAAUUUUGCUGAUGACUGAAUAAUUUAAGACAGCAGCGAAUUGUCAUUCCAGCACUGCAAUUCAGCUUCCGUGGAAAGGCACAGAAAAUCUUUGUACCGAUUGGUAUUUAGGUCCGUCCUGUUUCUUACAUAAAUAUUACAAUGCAUUCCUAGUCAGUACGUACUCAAAUACUGAGUUGUAUUGUUAGAUACGUUUGAGAGAGGCUACCUACUAGUUUAGUGGUAUUAAGUAAAACCUGUCGACUUGGUUUGGGUAGCUGUUUCAUAAUGUAGCACAGGUAUGUCCUAAUUGACCUAUAUAAAAUACAUAAUGGAACAGGUUUGUGCUACGGCAAUAAUUUGAUAUGUAAUCUAUGUGUGCAAAAAUGUAUUACUUGAUGUAUCUGCAGGAUUGUAAUCCCAUCAGUUGUCAGAUUGCCUGUGUGAAACUUAAUGAUGUUAUCAACAUAGGAAAGCCAUAUUCAUUGUAGCUUCAUCACAAUACCUAAUUGUGCCCUGUAGGCUACCAAGCUAAUUGAAGUGAAAGAUUCACUUCAAAAGCGGUAGAACCUCUUGACAAGCACAGUCUCAUAACAGAUUUGAGUAUUAAAGGAUGGUUCGUUAUUCCAACCGUUCAUGAAUAAGCAGCAACUUGGAUUUCACAGGAAAAAUAAUUUUUAAAACAAUGUUUCCCUCUUCUGCUGUGAUGAUAUUAUCUUAAUUUGCAGUGCGAAAAUUUACCAGUGAAAAUAUUCACUUGAAUACGCUUUAAGAAGAUAGCUGCUGUUUUCCUUUUUUUUUUUCUGUUAAGGAGUCCCUUCAGAAAGGAAUAAUCUAAUGUGCCAUGUGUUGCAUUCUAUAAACUAGAGUAAGAUUGCAUGCUCUGUAGUCUCUUCAUUAGAUGUUUUUGUUAAGGGUGUCUGCCUAGAUUGCUGAAUGGAACAAGUUAAUGGUUAGGAAGGAGCUCCAUUAGUGUAAGAAAUCAGAACUGUUUAAAUAAUCAUGGGCAGAAAACUCUUCCUUGCUGACUGAAAACUCAAGUGAAAAAAAGUAUUGUUGAAUAAAGUGUUAUGUUUUGGCUUUUUUAA